AUGGUUUUUGAGACUAGGGGUAGGACACAUGAUAAUAUACCACCUCUAAUACUCAACGGAACAGCAUUGAGAAGAGUAUUCAGAUUUAAAUAUCUUGGUCAUGUGUUAACGCCUAGUCUCAAGGACGAUGAAGACAUUGAGCGGGAGCGGAGAGCGUUGUCAGUUCGAGCAAACAUGAUAGCUCGCAGGUUUGCACGGUGCUCACUUAAGGUCAAGCUCACCCUCUUUAGAGCUUACUGCACUAACUUCUACACAUGUAGCCUGUGGGCAGGAUAUACGCAAAGAACAUACAACGCUCUCCGCGUCCAGUAUAAUAAUGCGUUUAGAGUGCUGGUGGGGCUGCCUCGCUUUUGUAGCGCAUCUGGGAUGUUUGCAGAUGCACAAGUAGAUUGUUUUUAUGCAACAAUGCGUAAGAGGUGCGCAUCCCUGGUGAGCAGAGUGCGGGCCAGCUCCAACAGUAUUCUGAACAUGAUCCACUACCUCUGA